UGCUUGAACCAUAAGCUAAAUUUGAUUCACCCCCAUCAUAUAUAAUUCAUAUAACAAAUUUUAUUUCCUCACACACCUCUUCUCCUUCAUAUCAUCAAAAAUCAUGUAUUCCAUUGCAAAAUUUUCUCACACAAAAGACAAUUCCAUUGCCAAAUUUUCUCAUACAAAAGACACAACCAUGAUGAACACAACAAAAAGAUACACUGAGAUAUCUCAUUUCAGCCAUCCAAAACACAAACUAACAUUCCAAUAUUCCGAAUUUCCAUUCAAAUGUGAUGGCUGCAAAGAAAUUGGCAUAGGCUCACGUUACAAUUGCAACAUUUGUGACUAUGAUCUUCACAUGCAUUGUUCAAUUCCAUCCCCUUCUCUUUUUCACCCUUUCUACCCAAAAUGUUGCUUCCAAUUUCUGUCAAAGCCGCCGGGUGACAUACCCCGUUAUUGCAACGCCUGUGAAAAGAGUGUAACCGGUUUUGUCUAUCACUGCUUUUCAUGUGGUUUUGAUCUUCACCCAUGUUGCGCAAAGCUUCCAAUGAUACUUGAUGAUCACGGUGAAGUGAAGUUAUAUCUAUAUAGGAAAGUGAGUUCUCCAUGUCAGCGUUGUGGACAAAAAGGACGAAGUUGGAGUUACAGGUCGUCAUGUAAGAAGUAUAACCUGCAUGUAGCAUGUGUAAGGGAGAUGAUUGUGGAGAGUUGGCAUCAGAUUUACGUUGGACGAAGCAACGGAAGAACAACAACAAUGGCAACAAUGAUUGAAACAGGGGUUCCUCUGAGUUUGAAGAGUAGUCUGCACACUGCACAGAAUGGCGGGGGAAGAAGCAAAGGGAAGGUGAGGAAGUAUGCUGAGAUGGCUGGAGUGGCUGUACAGAUUGUUGUGUCUGCUGUUUUAGGAGAUCCAACUGUUCUUAUUGCUGGGAUCAUGGGGUCAUUGAUGUCGCGAACUUGAUCGAUCUUGUGGUAUCAUAUUAUUUCAAACAAGAAACGAUACUAGUACUCUACUCGAUUUGAGAGUGUAGUGACCUAUUAAAAUUAUGUUUGAAAAAGAAGUUGCUUGUGUAAUAAUAUUCACAAAGUAACAAUGGCAGUGAUUAGCACUCAAAGUAUAUUGUAUAUAUACCAUGGUUAACUUCAAGUUCAACAAUGGCCGCUAAACUCAAUUUUUGUUUUUGUGUAAACCUGUGUAAAUCAGUAUCCUGUGCGCGCAACUGCAGAGACUAAUCACUCCAGCUUUGUAAGAUCCAAAUGAGCGGCAAACACUUUGUAAGAGUUUUAACGUUGCUGCAUACCCAAAUCAGAGAUCGAAUUUAGCGUUAAACUAGAAGAGACAUGUGUCAUUUCAUCUAAGCGUUUUUGGGUUGGUCCAUCUAAACCUUGUUAAGAAGAAAUUGUUGCAUGACACAUAGCAUUUAUAAUUGUAGAAAAGAUUAAAAGAGUGACACAUUACUUUAGAUA